ACUGGCAUUUCGAGGGGGUUAUAAGGGCGGGGGUGCUGGGCCGGUGUUGGGGUGCCAGAGGGUGCCAGGGCGGCUCCGGGGCACCAUGGUCAGCGCCCUCACCCUCUCCCUCUUCCUCCUCCUCUGCACAGAGGCUGAAGGCUUCUCCCCCUGCCAGGCACCCACCCUGCAGACCAAGGUGUUCCAGUACCGGCUCUGGGAUGUGAACCAGAAGUCUCUGUACCUGCGGGAUGACCAACUGCUGGCCGGGCACCUGCAAGGGGCCAACGCCGCCCUGGAAGAGAAGGUGUUCUGGGUGCCCAACCGCGCCUUCGAGCCCACCCGGCUCCCCGUCAUCCUGGGCAUCCGCAACGGCACCCGCUGCCUCGCCAGCCACCCCAAAACCAGCACCACCCCGGCACUGCAGCUGCAGGCCGUGGACAUCCGGGAGCUGCCCCACACCGGGGAGGCCUCAGCCGCCUUCACCUUCUUCCGCUCCUACAAGGACGGGCUGUGGCGCUUCGAGUCCGCUGCCAACCCCGGCUGGUUCCUCUGCACCUCUGCCCGGGGCCACCAGCCCCUGGCGCUGUCCCGCAGCCACGAUGCCACCCACCUGCUCGACUUCUACUUCCAGCUCUGCUGAGUCCCCCUGGCACAGCCAUGGGCACACUCCCAACUGGGAA